AUGGCGUCGAUCACCUGUUCCUCUGAUCAACGUCUCUCCACAAGCAAGAGACGUUUAAAGCCGUUGAUGUUAAGAGAUUACUUACUCGAAGAUCUCAGCUCUUGUUCAUCCAACGGCUUCAAAUCAUUCCCUCGUCGUCAACCUCCUUCAUCAUCAUCCACCGUUCGUCGUCUCCUUGACGCUGAGAUCAAACGGUCAGGAUUGAUCCAUCAUCAUCAUCACAAACCACGUCUCGCUAGAAGAAGCCGCACAACUUGCGGAACGGCGAUAAGUCACGCCGUCCAUAAAGCCUCGACGGCGUUUCUCAACGCCGUGAAACUUUUACCGUUCCAUUCCACCGUUACCUCACGGAAAGGAGAUCCGAAGCAACAAGGCGUUUUCUCUAGAAGCUUAUCUAAACGGCUCUUGAGCAAACGCUUCUGGAGAAAACCGGAAAGUCAAUCUCGCCGUGAAGUAACGGUCGAACUCGGAGACGGAGAGAUCCAAUGGUGGAUAUCCGCCGCGUUUUUCCCUGACGAAGAGAGUUUAGAUCAACCGGCCGAUCUGGUUCUUCAAAUCCCCAACGACGAGGCAGCAACAUUCUCAGCCUCUGAAGCUGCGGCGGUCAUCACCACCGAGAAAUUUAUCUCCGGUGCUGACUCGUCGAGUUCCGGUAGCGAGUUUUUCACGAACUCGUCGUCGUCGGAGACUGUGCAGUCUUCUUCUUCUUCUUCAUCGGUCUCAUCCACGAAGUCGAGCGGUGAAGCUGAAGAAGUGUCGAUUGGAAACGACGCCGUGGUUGAGAGCGGAGAGUGUUUAAACGGUGACGGAUCAUCUGUCAACGGCAACAGCAUGUGUAACAGAGAGGAAAGUGUGAAUGAAGAAAAGGAACAACUUAGUCCAGUAUCAAUUUUGGAGUGUCCUUUUAAAGAUGAUGAGUAUCAUGAUGAUGAAGACGAUGCAGUCACUGAUCAUAUUUCAGACAAAGAUGAUACAUAUGAGAAAAUUGCUAGAAAAAACAGGAGGUUGAAUGGUUUGGUACACCUUGAGCCACUAGAGUUGGAGAAACGCAUAGAGAAGUAUGUCGAGAGUGAAGAAGAUGAGUACUCGUAUCACACGCUAGAAACCGAAGAGGACGAAUCAGAAAGCCGAGCAAACCGCUUGUUUGCUCUUGUGAAGUCAAGAAUUGGCGAAACAAACAACAUACUAGCUUCUAACGUUGCGGAUAAUCUAUUGUUAGAUUAUCUUCAGGAAGAUAAUAUUGGGCCUAAAGAAGAGAUACUAAUGGUGAAGCAAGUUGAAGAUUGGGUGAUGGAUAGACAAGAAGAGAUGUUUAUGAGCUGGGAAGUGAGAGAGAUGAGACAAGUUUAUGUGAAGGAAAUGAAAUGGGGUUGCAUUAAUGGAGACGAGAGAGAGUGUGUGGUUGAAGAUUUAGCUAAUAUAUUCUUCACUUUCUUGGUGGAUGAAUUCAUCUUCGACUUAGUUUCAUGAUGGAUUUUAUAGGAUUUUUGGAGGGGGGAGAGAAGUUAAGAUUUUGACGUUUGUUGAAGAUAGAUUUUACAAUGUAUUAGAUAUAUGUUAUCUCCAAAUAAAACUAUAUGUAGUUUGGCAUAAGGAGAGUGCUUGGUAUCAAGAGAUUAUGUAGAUCAUGUUCGUUUUUCCAAUUUCUAGUCUACAGUGAGAGUUAG